UUGGACUUUGGUGCUCAGCAACUUACGUGAAAACCGCUGCUGCGCUUCCAUCUUUCAUUUUUGAGUGGAAUUACUCUACGCUUUGCUCCCAAAAAUGCUGCUCCUACUACUUGGGAUCAUUCUCCUGCACGUCGCGGCCCUUGUGCUACUAUUUGUGUCAACCAUUGUCAGCGCUUGGACCGUUAGCCCAACAAGCAGCUCGGAUCUCUGGACAAACUGCUCUACAGCUAUUGGAGGGUACCACUGUGAGCCAGCUUUCACCGGAGAAUGGAUCCAGGCAGUCCAAGCUCUUAUGAUCCUGUCCAUCAUCUUCAGUUUCCUGUCCCUCUUCCUCUUCUUCUGCCAACUCUUCACCCUUCAGAAGGGAGGACGCUUCUUCCUGACCGGGGUAUUCCAGAUCCUUGCAAGCCUUUUCGUCAUGAGCGGAGCAAUCAUCUACACAAUCAUGAAUCCCAGCUGGGUGCCACAGACGGAGGCUUACGGCUUCGCCUACAUCCUGGCCUGGGUGGCUUUCCCUCUGGCCUUGAUCAGCGGGCUGAUCUACAUCAUUCUGAGGAAACGAGAAUGAGGGGGCACCAAGAAGCUGCUGCCAGAUUAAGAGAUUAAGCUCUGAAAUGCCGAAGCACCAACCCCGGCAUAAACAGCAGACAACUUUACCCACGCAAAACCAACAUACGCGGAGCUGAUGGAGAGGGGGGCCACUCAAAACGACCUGCCCCCCCUCAAAACAGAUCAAAAGACCCGUAACCAGGGCUGAACACUAACUAUAAAAUACUGGGUACAGGUCUUUGUAUUCAAGUGCUUUUAAUCAAGUUUUUUUUUUUUUUUUUACUUUUAAUUAAGGUUUCAAACUUUUUAGCCCACCAUAUUUGCCAGAAAAAUGUAUAGUCUCUUCCUCAAUGUGACAUAAUCUAUUUUUAAGUCAGAAGUACA